AUGACUAACUGCAAGCCGAUUUCAACUCCAAUUGAGCAGAAUGUCAAAAUGUGUGCUCAUGAAGGGAAGGACUUGGAAGAUGCUACUAUGUAUCGACAAUUGGUCGGAAGUUUGAUCUACUUAACACUUAUGAGACCCGACAUUUCAUUUGCAGCUAAGGUGAUGAGUCGAUACAUGCAAAAUCCGAAGAACCCUCACUUGGAAUCAGUUCGAAGGAUUUUGAGAUAUAUCAAGGGUACGCUUGACUAUGGCAUCAUGUACAAGAAAGGUGGAGAUUUCAAAUUAGCUGCCUACUCUGAUGCUAACUAUGCUGGUGAUCAUGAUACUCGAUGUUCAACAACAGGGUAUAUGUUUAUGCUUGGAUCUGGAGCAAUUUCUUGGUGUAGCAGAAGGCAACCAAUUGUCUCGUUGUCAACAACAGAAGCAGAGUACCGAGCAACGGCAAUGGCAGCUCAGGAAACAAUACGUUUAGCGGAGAAUCCGGUGUUCCACGUAAGGACCAAACACGUGGAGGUGCAUUACCAUUUUCUCCGUGAAAAGGUUCUUAAAGAAGAAAUACAAAUGGUGCAGGUCAAAACAGAAGAUCAAGUUGCAGACCUGUUCACAAAAGGCUUGAGUGGCAACAAGCUCGAUAGUUUCUCUUAUUAG